AUGCCUUCAGCAGUUGGAGGGAUCUCGCUGGAACAAGUACAACACAAUCUACAACAAUGUCUGGCAAGGAAAGACGCAGCAGGCGCUCAAGCACAACUACAGAAAGCCAAAUUGAUACUGUUACAGCAGAAUUCUCUAGUACCAAGUGAGGGCGUCCCAGUAGGACAACUAAAGACAGCAAGAUCAGUGCUAGAAGUUGGGGCACUUUUGGCUAUACGCAGACGCGAUCCAGACUCCUUCGUUCGAUAUUACUCUCAAUUACAGCCUUUCUACGAGUUCUCGGGCCUGCAGUCUUCUCCUUCGCCGAACAAGUCACAGGUGACAGGACUGUAUUUGCUCCUGCUGUUGAGUCAGGGUGACUAUGCUGGUUUCCACACCCUGCUAGAGAGCUUGAUCGUGUCGGAAGGAAUCAAUGGCGGGAAGUCAGUGGAGGAUGACAUAUACAUCAAGUACCCUGUCGACCUGGAGAGGAGCCUGAUGGAGGGUAGCUAUGAUCAAGUGUGGCGCAAGACCAAUGGUAGAGAUGUGCCUGGGGAAGAAUUUGCUUUGUUCUCAGAGAUCCUCGUUCACACAAUCAGAUCCGAAAUUGCUUCGUGUGCAGCGCGAUCAUAUCCUUCACUGUCUAUUGCGUCGGCAAAGAACCUCCUCUUCCUCGACUCGGAAGGUGCCGUAUCCGAAUUUGCACAGGAGCAAGGAUGGAGUUUAGAGGAGGGACGGAUACACUUUCCAGGUUUACCUGAGGAGAAGAAGGGACAAGAAGGUGAUCAGAAAGAGGUUAUUAGUCAUAUGGUACAAUAUGCAAAAGACCUGGAAUCUAUUGUCUAG